AUGGAAGCAGGAAAUAACACACAAAUUUCAGAAUUUCUCAGUCUAGGAUUAUCAAAGGAAGCAGAACUGAAGCCUCUCAUAUUUGGGUUUUUCCUCUCCAUGUACCUGAUCACCGUGUUUGGAAAUCUGCUCAUCAUCUUGGCUGUCAGCUCAGACUCCCACCUCCACACACCCAUGUACUUCUUCCUCUCCAACCUGUCCUUUUUGGGCAUCUGUUUCACCUCCACCACCAUCCCAAAGAUGCUCCUGAACAUCCAGACUCAGAGCAAAGUUAUAACCUAUGAAGGCUGCAUCACCCAGAUGUAUUUUUUCAUGCUGUUUGUAGUGUUGGACACCUUCCUUCUGACAGUAAUGGCCUAUGACCACUUCGUAGCCAUCUGCUACCCCCUGCACUACCCAGUUGUCAUGAACCCAGUUCUCUGUGCACUGCUGCUUCUAGUGUCCUGGAUCAAGAGUGCCCUGAAUUCCCUGUUACAGAGUUUAAUGCUUUUGUGGCUUUCUUUCUGUACCGACUUGGAAAUCCCCCACUUUUUCUGUGAAAUCAAACAAGUGAUCCAACUUGCCUGUUCUGACACCAUUCUCAAUGACACAGUGAUGUGUUUUUCAGCAGUGCUGCUGGGUGGUGGUUCCCUGGCUGGUAUCCUUUACUCAUACUGUAAGAUAGUUUCCUCCAUAUGUGGAAUUUCAUCAGCUCAGGGGAAGUAUAAAGCAUUUUCCACCUGUGCUUCUCACCUCUCCAUUGUCUCCUUAUUUUAUUGUACAAGCUUAGGUCAAGCUUUAUUGUACCUCAGCUCUGCUGCUACCCACAGUUCACACUCCAGUGCAACAGCCUCAGUGAUGUACACUGUGCUCACCCCCAUGCUGAACCCCUUCAUCUACAGUCUGAGGAACAAAGAGAUAAAGAAGGCUCUGAAAAGAUUCUUUGGGAUGGCAGCUGCAAAAGGGUUAAUUGUCCUGGGGCUGAAGAAGCUUAUGUAA